UUUUGCUAACGUUGCCACGGUUUUUCCUAGUACAAAGGGCAACUCAUCGCCGCGCCGAUCUUCAGCGACAACUGCACGACAUCUGCAACUACUCUUCUAACUCCCCGCCUCGGAAGGACUGCGAAGGCUAGAACAAGAUGGCGCAAUCGGCGGAGCGGCUGCUCAUGAACGAGUUCAAGGCGUUGAGCAAGGAGACGUGGACGAACAUCGAGCUUAUCAACGAGAACGUCUUCGAGUGGAGCGUGGCCCUCAUUGUCCUGAACCCAGACUCUCUCUACUACGGCGGCUACUUCAAGGCCAAGCUCACCUUCCCCAAGAGCUACCCGUACAACCCACCCGACUUCAAGUUCAUCCGGCCGCUAUACCACCCUAACAUCUACCCUGACGGCCGCCUCUGCAUCUCGAUCCUCCACCCGCCCGGCGAAGACGAAAUGUCCGGCGAGCUCGCCGCAGAGCGCUGGUCGCCCGUGCAGCGCGUCGAGUCCGUGCUGCUCUCCAUCCUCUCGCUGCUCGACGACCCGGAGGUCUCGUCGCCCGCCAACGUCGACGCGGGCGUCAUGCUGCGGAACAAGCCCGAGCAGUACAAGGAGAUGGUAAAGAAAGACCUCGAGCGCAGCAAGCAGGACAUCCCCGCCGGCUUCGUCAUGCCCACGCACGAGUCGGCGUUCCAGCACAAGAAAGACGACGGGGACUUCGAUAUGAGCUGGGAGGAUAGCGAUGCGGAGAGCUUCGGGGGCAGCGAGUCGGAUGUGGACGAGGACAUGGAUUCGGAUUUCGAGGCCGAAGACGACGAGGAUGAGGAAUGAGCGGCUCGCUUGCUCCCUUAGGACCGUCUCCACUCGUCGGCACAGACUCCAGCGGGAAAGCGAACUGCCCGCCGUCCAACCUCUCACGGUUCGCACGUGGACACGAGUCACGGCGUCCAUCCAUAC